AUGAUUAGUACGACAGUAUUAACUCAAACUACCAACGGUUUAAACAGUACCACACUAUCAUCAUCAGCAGCAUCAUCAACAAGUCAAAUAACGACAAGUACAAAUACAUAUCUGUUUAAAACAACAGUAACAACAGGUGGAAUGAUAUACAGUUCAACAGGACCAUCAUCAAACCAGUAUACCAUAGAAUCCACAAGAAUAACAGCACGCACUACUGAUGCAUCAAAAACUGAAUCUGGGCUUGUAUCAUCUUCAAAAUUGUCAAACAACACUACCUUCGUAGAUCUCGGUAAUACUAGUCGAUCAUCCUUUUUCUCAACAUUCAAUCCGACAGUACCAGCUGUUGAAAAUAAAACGCAAUCAAUUACCACAAGUAGUCAUCCACAAGAGAAUUUUUCAUCAGCAGCUAUUUCCUCUACUAACGCAGUUCUUGUUUCAAAUACCACUCGUUAUGUUAGCACAGUAACAGUAUUUUCAACCUCAAAAAGUACAACGACUCCAGUGAGUCAAAUGGAUCACCUUACCAGUACUUUAUUUUCCACAGAGAAUGGCGUCAUUCUAUCAAGUUCCUUAUUAGCUAACCAACCAACUUCAGGUAAACAGUGA